AGGAGGCGCGCGCACGCACGCACAGGAGCACAUUUUCUCCAAACAAAAACUAUUGUGCGUUUUCACGCGUUUGGAGAGGGUUUCGCUUUUAAUCCAGGAGCGGAGGAUGUACGAUCUGUGAGGACUGAGAUUGUACCGGAGAUACGAACAUUUUAUCAGCCUUUUGUCAGACUUUAUUUAAAGAGAAAGAGAAACAACUAGAUGCUUUUACGAAAAAGAUCCAUGAAACUCUGAGGAACAACAACAACAUCAUGACUUACGUUACCUCGAAAUGAUGUAUUCAUCUCAGGAUCGCCUUUACACCCUUGCACAGAGUAGAUUAAUGCAAUUUAAUCAUUUAUUUUUAUUUUGAAAAUAUGAUUUUCUGGACUUAAGCUCUCAGAGCAAGGAAUAGCUAGAAUCAAGGAUUGUCUUUGUCUGUGCAACACACCAAUCUCUCCAGUAAUAACCUGCAAAGACGAACAUGUCAACACUGUUUCCUGAUUAGACGAGAGGCUGAAUAGUAUUGGAUUGCAAUGGGAAUGCAAUAGCAGUUGCAUUGAUUUGCGCCACUUUAGACAUUAGCUGAAAGAAAUAUCUUUUUGUCAACCGACCAGAGAAAGAGAGAGACCCGUGGGAUCUGGCUAUGUCCUUCUUUAAUUUCCGAAAAAUCUUUAAACUGGGCGCAGAGAAGAAGAAGAAACAAUAUGAUCAUGUGCACAGGGACACAAAUCCGGAGGAAAUCUGGGAGAUUGUGGGAGAACUGGGGGAUGGAGCCUUCGGAAAGGUGUUCAAGGCUCAAAACAAGCAGACAGGCAUUUUUGCUGCUGCAAAGGUGAUUGACACCAAAACUGAAGAUGAGCUGGAGGACUACAUGGUGGAGAUCGACAUCUUGGCGUCAUGUGAUCAUCACAAUAUUGUCAAGCUGCUUGACGCGUUUUACUACGAGAGCAAACUGUGGAUCCUGAUCGAGUUCUGCGCCGGCGGAGCCAUUGAUGCUGUCAUGCUCGAGUUGGAAAGGCCUCUGACGGAGCCGCAGAUCAGGGUGGUUUGUAAGCAGACUCUGGAUGCUCUGCAGUAUCUGCAUGACAACAAGGUGAUCCACAGAGACCUGAAGGCUGGAAACAUCCUGCUCACCCUCGACGGAGACGUCAAACUGGCUGACUUUGGAGUGUCUGCCAAGAACACAAAGACCAUCCAGCGAAGAGACUCCUUCAUUGGAACCCCCUACUGGAUGGCUCCAGAGGUUGUGAUGUGCGAGACGUCUAAGGACAGGCCGUAUGACUAUAAGGCUGAUAUUUGGUCUCUAGGAAUCACUCUGAUCGAGCUGGCCCAGAUCGAACCGCCCAACCAUGAGAUGAACCCAAUGAGAGUUCUGCUCAAGAUCGCCAAAGCUGAGCCGCCUACUCUCCAGCAGCCUUCAAAAUGGUCUCCUAAGUUUAAUGACUUCCUGAAACAUGCGCUGGAUAAGAACGUGGACAACAGGUGGAGCACAGCACAACUUCUUCAGCACCCGUUUGUGAGUAGCGUGACUGACAGCCGACCCCUGCGGGAGCUCAUCGCUGAGGCCAAGGCAGAGGUUACAGAGGAGAUCGAGGACCUGAAGGAGGAAGAGGAGGAAGAAGAUCUGCUGCUUCGUGGACACAAACGCGCAGCGUCUGACGCUAGCAUUGGAAGCUCUGAAGACGAGAAGCUUCCUCAGUCGCCGUCCACAUUGGAGUCUGUUCCUGAGAAGAUUGAAGAGGCCUCUACAGCCAAACCGCCAGAUGAUAAUGUUACAACUGGAAUAAAGAAGGAAGAAGAACCUCUGAAGGUGGGUGAGAACCACAUUGAGGAUGUAGCAGAACCUGGAUCUAAGGAACAAGGUGUGGAAGUAUCUCCAAAGGAAUCUCAAGAACCCAAAGCUGAAGUGGAGCCUGUAAAACCAGAGACUCCUGCGGAUACAGUAGUCCCAACAGAGGAGCAAAGAGCCAAACCUGAUGGAGAGAUACUGGAAGGGGAAAAGGAGGUGGUGGGCAAUGGUGAACUCAUAAAGGAAGCGUCUGCAUCAGACAUUUCUUCAUUGGAGACACCAACAGAACCUGAUGGACCUAUUCCAACAUCUCCAUUGAAAGAAGAAGAGAGUGUUGAGGAAAAGGAGAAACCUGAACUGGUGGAGAAACCAAGCCCAGUGAAGCCCAGGUAUGUGAAGAAGGAGGACUCCGACUCUGGGAUCAGUUCUUCAGCUGACAACAGCAGCAUAGACCUGAACUUAUCCAUCUCCAGCUUUAUUAGCAAAUCCAAGGAGCCAGGAACCAUCUCUCAGCAGGACAAAAAGAGACAGAAAAAGACUCUGAAAAAGACUCGCAAGUUCGUUGUGGAUGGUGUGGAAGUCAGCGUAACAACGUCCAAGAUCAUCACAGACAAUGACACCAAAAGUGAGGAGAUGCGAUUCCUCAGGCGUCAGGAGCUGAGGGAACUCAGACUUCUUCAGAAAGAGGAGCAGAGAGCCCAGCAGCAGCUCAGCAACAAACUCCAGCAGCAGAGAGAGCAGAUCUACAAACGCUUCGAACAGGAAGUCACGAGUAAGAAGCGUCAGUAUGAUACGGAGGUGGAGAAUAUGGAGCGGCAGCAGAAACAGACCAUCGAGCGUCUGGAGCAGGAUCACACCGAGCGCCUCAGAGACGAGGCCAAACGCAUUAAAGCAGAGCAGGACAAAGAGCUUUCCAAGUUUCAGAGUACACUCAAGAACCGCAAGAAAGAGGAGCUCUCGCCUAAACAUUUGAUCAUCCUGAAACGUAUUAGAAAGGAUCUAAUGCAGACUCCUUGUGAGGAGGAGCAGGAGUUUCUUCAGAAGCAGCAGCAGGAUCUGGACAGCUCUCUGAAGAAGAUCAUCCAGCAGCACAAACAUGAGCUGGCCACUAUUGAGAGAGACUGUCUCAACAACAAGCAGCAGCUCCUAAGAGCCCGAGAAGCCGCUAUGUGGGAGCUGGAAGAGCGCCACCUACAGGAAAAACACCAGCUGCACAAACAGCAGUUGAAAGACCAGUACUUCAUGCAACGACACCAGCUGCUUAAAAGACACGAGAAGGAAAUGGAGCAGAUGCAUCGGUAUAUCCAGCGUCUGAUAGAGGAGAUGAAGAACAAACAGACGCAGGAGAAGACCAGACUGCCAAAGAUCCAGCGCAGUGAUGCAAAGACCCGCAUGGCCAUGUUCAAAAAGAGCCUGCGCAUCACGACCACAGGGGUCACGCCGGAACUGGAACGUGAGCGGGUCAAACAGUUUGCAGCACAGGAGGAGCAGAGACAAAGGAACGAGCGUCACCAUCAACAACAGAAGCAUGAGACUCAGAUGAGAGACCUGCAGACGCAGUGCGACGCCAACCUCCGAGAGCUACAGCAGCUGCAGAAUGAGAAGUGCCAUCUGUUGAUUGAGCAUGAGACUCAGAAGCUGAAGGAGCUGGAUGAGGAGCACAGCGCAGAGCUCAAGGACUGGAGAGAGAAACUCAGACCCCGCAAGAAGGCCCUUGAGGAAGAGUUCACCCGUAAGCUACAGGAACAGGAAAUGUUCUUUAAAAUGAGCGGGGAGUCUGCAUGCCUUAACCCCUCCACCCAGAGCCGGAUCUCAAAGUUCUACCCCGUCCCGAGUGUCCACUCCACUGGGUUUUAACGCACACGUUCACACUAAGAGCACAGAGAUGCUAAACCGCAUUGUGACUGAACCUCGGCUGCCUUGCUCCCUCUGAUCGCUGACGUCAGGCCGAAACGAAGGAGGGACUUCACUGUUCCAGUAAUAUACAGAGGAGUUUUUGCUUUUAUUAUUUUUAUUUAAUCUUUAAUAGUGGAUUUUCAGUGUGGUUUCCCUAAACAUUUCAGCAAUGGUUCAUGAAAGAAAAUGUGAUUCUGUAUGCCACUAAAUAGCUUUUUUUCUCUCUCGAAUCAUUGGUCUCGGUGUAUUAAUGUUGUGAUUUAACCUACUGUGAUAUUUUUAGGAUUAUAUCUGCAUAAUGGAAUGACUGUUCAAGUUCAGGCUAAUUUGCGUGCACUACACUAAGCAAAUGAUUUAACUAAAUCUGAAUCAAAAUUUAAAUAAUCUGAACCAUAAUAAAAUGUUUUUACAUUUUUGAUGACAAUUCUAAUGAAGUUUAAAUGCACAUUAUUUAAAGGCAAAUACACAUUGCCUUCUUGAGCUUUGUAUAUCAUAAUAUGGAUCUAUAGGUUUUAUAGUAGCAGCGAUAUUCAUUUCUUAGAGAUGUUUGAGCAUAUCAGCCACACUGUAUGCAAAUAUCCUGACAUCACUGUGGUUUAAGCUGUGAUUUGCACUUGCACUGCUAUGCAAUGUGAUCAUGUAGACUAAUUAAAUCAUCUCAACAUAUUUCUGUGAACUUCAAAGCAAGAGAGCUCAAUCUCUUCAUACUGUCCAUACUACUUAUGAAAAAGAAACAAAUGGUUUUUCAAUUACUUGCGUUUUAGUUCACCCAGAUAUCACUACAAUGCAUUAGUGUAGUUUUCAGUAAAAUUGUGUAGAAGAUGAUGUGCCCUGUAAACCAUACUUUAAUCAGACAGAUGUUAUUUUAUUCUUGUAUACACAUGUAGCACAUUUUUGUAGUAAUAGUUUUCUUUUCAUCUCAACUGUUAACAUACAGUUCAAAAUGUUUUCUGCGUUUACAUUUGUGCAGUGCUCUGUAAAAACUGAACAAAACAAUAUUUCAAAUCUGUGAAAAGACUAAAUGUAUCUGACUGUACAGAGAGUGCUGUGCACCUUCAGAUGAAGCAUUCAUGAUGCCUCUUUGCAUUUUGACUUUGAGUUUGUCUUGAUUUUAUUUUUAAGCAUUAUAAACUUGUGAGGUGAAGUUAGCAGUUGUAUGUACUGUUUGUGUCAAAGAUCAAAGCAUUGUGAUUAUAGGAAGCUGCUGUGAUUAAAACAUUUGUGGUGAAUA